UGUAUAUUGUAUAGUAGUAUUAAUCACCAUAAGCCACAUCCAAAUCUACCUCUUCCUCCUUCUUUCUCAUAGGAAAAGGAAGAGAACAUUUUUUGAAGAAAAAUGUCUCUAUCUAUGAAGCAAUAUUCUUAUUCAAAGAUGGAUAAAGAAGACCCUGAAGAAUUAAUUCAUAGAAAAGCACAAUUCUUGAUCUACAAAGUGUUGGAACAAGCAAAUUCUCGUAGAAAACCAUCUUGUCUUAGAAUUAGAAUAUCUAAGUUGAAGGUGAAGAUUGGAAACAAAUUAAGAAGGCUAAAAAAGCGAAUUAUAUCAAAUGUAUCUGCAGCUAAAGUUAGUAUUCAUGGACACGUUGCGAGUCAAUUGAAAACAUGGAAGCGUUUGUUUGGGAGGGAAAAACAAACCCUUUUAACCAUUGAUCCUUCUCUUAUGAUCAAAUGUUGAUACAUAUAUACUUUGUGUGAGCAAGUUACUAGGAAAGUUUAUUCAUGGUGUUUUGUGUAAUACAAUGUUAAUUGUUUUUUUUUUCUUUUCUUUUUUUCAUGUCCUAUUUUUCUAUAGAAAAGAGUGAAAUCAUGAGUUGUGCCUCAAGAUCAAUAUAAUUUAUUUUUGCAUUUGUUUUUGGGUA